AGCUCUUGCUAUUGCUCAUUUUCUGCUGCUACUUGGUUCGGUGGAGACGUAUUUUGUUUCAGGUGCUUGGCCGUGGAAGAAGCUUUGGAGAACUAAUGACGAAAGAUAUUCACUUCUUUGAGCUCAACACUGGAGCCAAAAUCCCGGCGAUUGGUCUCGGCACCUGGCAGGCAGAUCCCGGCGUCGUGGGCCAAGCAGUUGAGAUCGCCAUUAAGGUUGGCUACCGUCAUAUAGAUUGUGCUCGAGCUUAUGAGAAUGAGAAGGAGAUUGGUUCAGUUUUGAAGAAACUAUUAGAGGAUGGUGUUGUGAAGAGGGAAGAAUUGUUUAUUACCUCCAAACUUCGGUCUUCUGAUCACGCUCCAGAAGAUGUACCUGCAGCACUAGAUCAAACAUUGCAAGACUUGCAACUUGACUAUGUUGAUUUGUACCUUGUUCAUUGGCCUGUACGGAGAAGGAAGGAUUCUGUUGGGUUUAAGCCGGAAGAUCUUCUUCCGGCAGAUAUUCCUAGCACUUGGAGAGCCAUGGAAUCACUGUACAACUCUGGUAAGGCCCGAGCUAUUGGGGUCAGCAACUUCUCUGUGAAGAAGCUUGGAGAUUUGUUAGCUGUAGCCCAGAUUCCUCCUGCUGUUAACCAGGUGGAAUGUCAUCCUUCAUGGCAACAGCCAAAAUUGCGGGAAUUCUGUAAAUCCAAGGGAGUUCACCUCUCUGGAUAUUCACCGCUGGGCUCUCCUGGCACGACAUGGCUCAAGGGUGAUGUUCUUAAACAUCCAGUUUUACUUUCAGUUGCAGAGAAAUUGGGCAAAACUCCGGCACAAGUAGCUCUUCGUUGGGGUCUCCAGAUGGGCAACAGUGUACUUCCCAAGAGCACUCAUGAGUCAAGGAUCAAAGAGAAUUUGAACAUUUUUGACUGGUCUAUACCUGAUGAUUUGUUUGUCAAAUUCUCUGAAAUUGAGCAGGCAAGACUGUUGAAAGGUACAGGAUUUGUCCAUGAGACUUUUGGCGAAUACAGAACUCUUGAAGAUCUCUGGGAUGGUGAGAUCUGAGGCUGAAUCUGAUGAAAAAUCGAUGACUUGGAAAAGUAUGGGACCCUGGUGAAGCUCUGGCUAUUAAGCUAUCUUCUACUGCUGCUACUUUGGCUCUGAUUCGAAUUUCCUUGCGAAAUAAAAUAGGACCUUGCUAUAAUAUUGGGGCUAGCAAUUUUUUUUUUGGGGCCAAAGUACCAUGUUGCCGCUUCUUGGAAAUUAUAUGCUAGAGAAACAGAGUAAGAAGAAAAGGGAAGGAACCCUUUGUUUACUUGAUCAUUCUUGGUCUAAUGCUCAUGUCUCUUUACUGCAUUUGCUCUAUGGAUUUCAUGGGAUCGAGAAUUCGAUACUUUUUUAUUUUGAUUUUGAUUUGAAUUUGUUCGAGGUAGAAUUACUUUA